AUGAUUGAACCCGUAAAGGGUAAAUCGGAACGCGCUAAGCGUCGUAUGCCGAUGUUGUCCAUCGACCUGCCGAUGUCUCUUCUCCGGGAGAAACUGAACUUGGAGAAGGAGAGGAAAGUCCACGCUCAGCUUGCCGCAGCCAAUAGAAACUUCCUCAACAACAUCGGAAAACGUGGCUGGAGAUCGUCCGAGGAAAUGAGAUAUCCCGAUCUUCGCGAGGGUCGUUCGAGACCGAAGCGUAAGAUGCCGUCUCUGUCUAUCAACAACCCUAUGGAGGUACUCCGUCAGCGGCUCCUGCUGGAAGUGGCUCGUAAACAGAUGCGUGAAGCCAACCAACGGCAGGCCGUCGCCAAUAGAGUCUUCCUACAGAACGUUGGCAAACGAGGUUUUUGGGGAGAUUCUGGGUCCUUUCGCUACGACAACUAA